UUAUUAUCUGUAUUAUCUUUUAAUUACUGUAUAUAAUUUUAUAUAAUUGGAUUAUCUGUGCUGUUUUGUCAUUAAUUAAUUGUAUUUGGUUUUUUGUUUUUCAGGUGACUGUAGCCGCUGAGGGAGCUCACCCCCAUACCGGUCAGGUAUGGAUCCCCGGUGGAGGAGCAGACCUCUUCCAAUAGUGGCGCAGUCAGGAAACUUUUGUUUCAGGACUCGUCGUGUGUCUCCGUGGCAGGGUGAAGAUCCAGCCGCCUGUGAGGAGCCCCAGCUGUGUCAGCCCGGGUUCCUCGAGAUGAAGCCGAGGGCCCACAUUAAGAAGUGCACAGAAGGUCAGCUGGAGGGACUCCUUCCCACCUCCCACCCAGAGUCUCCAUUGCCUUCAACAACACCUGAAAGGGAUGACUGUAAGGCUCUGGUGGUGGUUGCGGAGGCAGAACCCUUGAACACGCUGAACACUUCUGGUCCAGUUGCACAGUGUGAGGAAGCCCGGAUCACGUCCCUCACCACCACCCACCACCCGGAGACAUUCAGCCAGUCAGGGAUCGAUGUCCUGGUGGUGGUUGCAGAGGCGGGUCCCUCUUACAGGCUGGACACCAACAGCACCGAGCCUGAGUCUGAGCCAGUGCCAGUUGCACAGGUAAGAGUUGGGAAUAAAUUCUGCUGUCAGCUAUAGAAGAAGUACCUGCAGUAUCAGAUUGUUUAGAUAUUUUCCAUGUAUGACCCAUUACUGUAUC